AAAGUUGUGUACUUUAUUUUUAUGCUAAUCCCAAUAAUCAUUUUAUCAUUGGACACGAUUUUUGUAUACUAGUGUUGUGUAUGAACCAGCAGAAAAAAGAGAGCCAUGGAAAUCGCUUCUUGUUCAAUUCUUAACAAUCUUCAAAUUUCUUGUACAAAGACUUCUAUUUUCACUCAGUAUUUGAGCGAGCGUUCUUCACACGACACUGGAAGACGCAAUUUCUUGCCUUUUUCAAAUUUCCCUGGAAAAUCUCAGAUUCUCGGAAAAUGCUUGCGAUUGCAGAGAUUCUCUUCGAUUUGCUUAUCAGCUAGCAGAGAAGACGUAAACCCAUCUGAAGAAUUCGCUGUGAUACUUGAGGUUGAUAGGGUUAUGAUUGAUACAUGGUCAAGUAAUCGCCAAGCGUUCAAUGUAGCUUUUCAAAAGCUUGGGCUAGAUUGUGCAAAUUGGCCUGAACCAGUUUAUUCAGACUUGUUGAGAAAAGGUGCUGCUGAUGAAGAGAAAAUGUUGCUUUUGUAUUUCAACCAGAUUGGUUGGCCUUCGUCGUUGCCAACCAGUGAGAAAGCAAGUUUUGUAAAGAGUGUAUUGCGAGAAAAGAAAAAUGCAAUGGAUGAGUUUCUCAUAUCGAAAAGCUUACCUCUGAGAUCUGGAGUGCAAGAAUUUAUCGAUAAUGCAUACGCGGAGAAAGUACCGGUUGCUAUCGUAACAGCCUACUGCAAGAGUGGAGACAAAGUAGCCCUAUCCAUUGUCGAGAUGCUUGGGCAAGAAAGACUUCCAAAUGUGAAGGUUAUCGGAGACAAUGAGGUAGAACAGAGUAUGUAUGGACAACUUGUUCUUGGGAAAGGAGUUUCUUCAAGUCUAGAGGAGCAACUAGUGAAGGAAGUAAAAAAAGCAGCGUCCGCUGAGAAACAGAGGAUAGCAGAAGAAGUUGCAUCAAUGCUAAAGCUUAGUGUUGAUAUUGACACAACCUCAUCUGAGAGGUGGGACUUUCUCUUCUUCUCUACAAAAAUUCCAGUUCCAUACAUCAACAAGAAAAGUGAUGGCUUCUCAUUUUGUUUCUUACUUUCUCCAGAUUGGAAAAGAUUGUUGUUGCAUUGCGUGCUGCUGCGGAACACAUAGGAUUACCUGUAAAUAACUGUGUACUUGUUGCUGGUAGUCAACCUGGAGUUUCUGCUGCAAAGAUGAUAGGCAUGCCGUGUGUAGUCAUGCGAAGCAGUUUAACGGCAAGAGGUGAGUUUCCAUCGGCCAAAGGUGUAAUGGAUGGGUUUGGAGGUGCAGACCUAACAAUCCCAAAACUUAGGAACAAGAUCAAGUCUUGAAGAAACAAUUCAAGAAAGUUGUCUAAAAAUCAGAAUCUGGAAAUACUGUCGAGUUAUUGUUCACUUCUCGAAGUUCUUGUGAAGUUUUCGACUUGAUAUAUAUUAACUAUAGCUACGUGUUGUACAACUUGAUUCUUUGUAAUGAAUUGGUGUGGUUAAUUUUCAGACAUCAACAAACCUUUACUCAAUACUAAUCCAAUGAGCUUGAAGGAAACAUGUUUUGUUUUUUUUGG